AUGGUUGCCGUGCCAGUCUGGGCCUUGAAGGUCGCCUGCUACUACGCCUUUAUAACAUGCGACACUGCCCCAGGUGUUUGGCCUGAGAAUACGCCGACUGUCAUCGCCUAUCACCCUCCGGUCUCGACUCCUUCUAUCCCCGGCAGUUCUGGAGUGAGCUCCACUACGAUCGUUACUUCUACACACUCGUUGACUGCCUCUGCCUCUAUCUCUGUGUCUCUGUCCUCUACCCUUAUUAGCGGUUCUUCGGGCACAGUUGCACCAAGCAGUUCUGCGGCAUCCACCUUCGUUACAUUCACCUCGGGCCCAAUCCCAACCGGAUCAGCUUCGGGAUCAGUCACCGUCACUGUCCCAUCCGGUUCUUCCAGCAUCCUUACCCAGAGUGGAUCUUCGUCUGUUUCAUCAGGCUCCGCUUCUAGCUCUACUCUUUUGUCUUCCGGAAGUUCUUCGGUCAGCUCUCGCACCUCGUCCGCUGUUUCUAGCAGUUCGACUUCUUCCUCACGCGCUUCAAGUGCUAUCUCUUCGGUCGUUUCGUCUUCUGCUGUUUCCACAAGUGCUUCUGUGACUACUCCGAGAAUGUCGUCCUCCGCCAUUUCGGCCUCGGCUUCUGCCUCUGCUACCCCGCUCAACAACGCUGCUGUUGCAGCCGACAUUCUGGUCAUUGCCAGAGAUGCUGCCUCUGCAGGUGUGGCCAGCUCUGGCCUCAACGGAUACGGUAUUCCAUUUACCACCCUGAUUGUUCCCUCCGCUGGUGUCGCUCUUCCCGACCUCAAUGGCACUGCCGGAGGAAACUUCGGCGGUAUUGUCGUUGCCGCUGAAGUCAGCUAUGACUAUGGUGGUGAUAAGGGCUUCCAGAGUGCCCUGACCACUGAUCAGUGGACCCAGCUCUAUGCCUACCAGCUUGAAUAUGGUGUCCGUAUGGUCCAAUAUGAUGUCUACCCAGGUCCUAAAUAUGGUGCAUCUGCUAUCGGCGGAUGCUGUGACAACGGUGUUGAGCAACUUGUCUCAUUCACCGAUACCAGUGAUUUCCCGACAUCUGGAUUGAAGACUGGCGCAGGCGUCAGCACCAGUGGUCUGUGGCACUACCCCGCGACUAUCAGCGACACUACCUCUACCAAGAAGAUCGCCGCAUUUGCCCCCACCACCGGCUUCCCUACCGAGAGUGUCGCUGGUGUGAUUAACAACUUCGAUGGCCGUCAGCAGAUGGCCUUCUUCAUUGGUUUCGACACUACCUGGAGUUCUACCUCCAGCUACCUGCAGCACGCAUGGAUUACCUGGAUCACCCGCGGUCUGCACGCCGGAUACCGCCGUGUCAACCUGAACACCCAGAUUGAUGACAUGUUCCUCGAGACUGAAAUUUACUCACCCGCUGGUAACAACUUCCGUAUUCGUGCCCAGGAUUUGAGCAAUAUUGCCACCUGGACUGAUGCGAUCAAUGCCAAGAUGCCCGCCGGCAGUUCUUACUUCGUCGAAGUCGGCCACAAUGGUAACGGAAACAUCGAGAACUCUUCCGAUACCUCGGAUUCUGGCUGGGAUGCUUGUGGAGCUGCUAUCGAAUAUGACUCGCCUCUUGACACUCCUCUCGAAUGGGUCAAACCUCUUGGAACUGGCACUGACCUGUGGCCUGCGGAGCCCACCACUUACGACUGGACUGCUACUUGCACGGCCAUGGAUGAGCUCCUAGCCUGGUGGACCACCGAAAGCAACCUCAACAAAUUCGGCCACAUUUCGCACACCUUCACCCACGAGGAGCAGGAUAAUGCCACCUACAGCGAUGUAUUCAAGGAGAUCAGCUUCAACCAGGCUUGGCUUAAGGCUGUCGGUAUCGACAAGGCCACCAAGUUCACUUCCAACGGUAUCAUUCCUCCUGCAAUCACUGGUCUGCACAAUGGCGAUGCUCUCCGGGCCUGGUGGGAGAACGGAAUCACCAACUGUGUUGGUGAUAACACCCGCCCUGCCCUUCUGAACAAGGCGAAUGCCAUGUGGCCUCUCUUCACCACUGCUGCCGCCAAUGGUUUCGAUGGAAUCCAGAUCAACCCUCGAUGGGCCUCCCGCAUCUACUAUAACUGCGAUACUCCUGCCUGUACCGUAGCAGAAUGGAUUGCCACCUCUGCUGGUUCCGGUAACUUCCAGGACCUCCUAGACAUUGAGAAGGCUGAGACCAUGCGUCACCUCUUCGGCCUCUACCACGAUGGUUACAUGUUCCAUCAGGCCAACCUUCGCAACAUUGAUGUUGAUCCGAUCACCAUCAACGGUGUCUCUGCCAAGUACUCCAUCAUGCAAGCCUGGGUGGAAACCCAGGUCCAGGAGUUCGUUCGCCUGGCUGAAUGGCCCAUUGUCACACUCACCCACCAGGAGAUGUCCGCUUCCUUCCUUGCCCGUUUCAACCGUGACAAGUGUGGCUACUCCCUGAGCUACGCUACAGGCAACGGAAAGAUCACUGCCGUCACUGUCUCCGCGACUGGCAAUACCUGUACUGACCCUAUCCCGGUGACAUUCCCUGUUGCUCCUACCAGCACCCAGGGCUUCGCCACUGAGCAGCUAGGUGCUGACCCCCUUACCGUCUGGGUCAAGCUCGCUGGCUCCCCUGUCACAUUCACUCUUUCCACCCCCAUUUCCCUUUAA